AUGGUUUUUGAUUACAAAUCAAUCCUCUCGGAGUUAUUGGAUUCUGAUUGGCACGACGAGACAUGGAUGGAAAAUAGGAAAAGAUCUGAUUUAAAUCACAUUAUCUCCACUUUACAAAGGUACCAAGAAGAGAACAUUGUUGUAGAGAUGCUCAAAUUGGACAUUGAGGAUUCCCAAUUUGCGGGUCAUAUAAAUCAAUGCAUGGAACUUGCGAGAGGAUUGAUUUAUAUGAGACACCUUUCUGCGGUUGUGGCGAGUAAAGGUUUAUUCCAGCGGCUGGGAGAAAAGUUUUUUGAUUUGCCUGUUCCUGUUUUAGAAGCAGAAUCGCUUGUUGAAUUACACCUACGGAUGUUUAUUUUGAAGUACCACGAGAGGGUGAUGUGGCAUAAUCUCGAACGACUACGUCUUGAUUGUGUAGAUUUCGGUCCAUCAAUGUUCAAGAGCGUGGUGACAAGCUGCCAACGGCUAAGGAGUUUAUCACUUUCUUACGUAAAAACGAAUUUCGUUAAAUUGUCGCAUGUAUUCCCACAUCUUGAAGAUCUUUCAAUAGAAUCUUGCCCGUGCUUGGAAACAGUCCAAAUUUCAAGUGGUACUGUUAGGAAAAUUAAGCUAAGAGAUAACUAUGGAUUACGGGAAGCACAAUUUGACGUGCCUAACAUUGUUGUGUUUGAAUAUAAAGGAGAGGUUAUGACAAAGUUGUCAUUUACGGCCGUAUCGGGUAGAUGGACUUCUAGGGUUAAGUUGCAUCACCUUUUUAAUGUGAACACUUCCUGGUUCGUGAGAUUAAAAGAAUUCCUAACACGACUAAAUAAGUCUGUCGUUCAUGUUGAUGCUUCGUUUGGUGAUAACGUUGUUUGCAAUCUGAAUGAAGCGACAAAGGAUCGCGCAUUCUAUGAAGUUAAUGAAGAAGUUGCCGAAUUUUGUGUCUCAAUUUCGGCAUAUUCAGCAUUGCCUGAAGCGUGUGCUCUUGCAAUCAUUGAUGGUAUCUUCUAUUCUUGUCAUCCUCGAGUUAUAACAACGGAAUGCAAUUGGCAUUGGCAUGGAAUCACUAAAUUACUGCAUGAGAUGUUGGUGUUCAGAAAUCAACCGGAUCAUUCUUGGCCAAGGAGGUUAAAGUUAGGGAAAGAUAUUGAGCUUUUCAAUUCCAAAUCAAGCCAGAGCAUGCAACUUGACAAAACAUUGGAAUGGAAGGGUUUUUUGAAGGGAUUAAGAGCUAAAAACGGUUUAGAUCUUGUUUCCGUCAGCUUCAAUUUGGAGUGGAGAACUUAA